AUGGAGGCAUCCACCAAGAAGGGCCAGCUAAGACUGCAACUCCUAGCGGGAGAACAUGAUAUCAACACGCUUAGUGGGUUUGCGGCCUCCGGAAGACUGCAAAUGCCCGAUAUCCCACAACGGUUCCCCGUGGGUCAACAUCCACAACAACAAGGCCCAUACGGUCAAUACCAACCUCAACAGAGCCUUUCCAACCAUGACCUUAUCACUCCAGUAAACCAAAGAGCGAAUUUCGAUAACGCUUCGCGUAAAGGCUCCAUGGCUCUGACCAUGUCGAUGGGCCGACUCUUUAAGAAGAAGGAAGCUUUCUUUGAUGACGACGCUGGCUACGAUAUUGGCGAUGUUUCUGGAAAUACCGUCACAUUUAACGAUAUUAAACACCUCCGAGAUAAUAACAGUCGCUACAGCAUUUCUUCCCGUACCACAGACCUGACUCCAAUCAUCCCCGUGCUCAACGCCGGCGGCAAGCAAAACAGCCUGAACAACAUCCAGUACCGUAAGUACAUGAACCAUAAGAAGAAAAUGGACUUGGCUUCCGGCGCCAGAGCCAUGUCUUUGGCUGGCGGGAACCCUAUGGCUGCGAAUCUGAUGACUCAAGACUCCAGAGCCAUGUCUAUGGGCAUGAUGAGCGAUCCUCGCGCCAUGUCCUUGAGUUCUGCUCCUCAAGGCGGUCAUAUGGGUCCUGGUAGGCCAAUGGGUCCUGCUCCUAACGGCUACGGCCCUCGUGCCAUGUCUAUGCGUCCUGCUGGACCUGGAAGAGUGCCCCCUGGCCAACGUGGGCCUAUGCCUCCCAACAUACGUACCAAUUCGCUUAAUAGCAACGUUAUGUUGAACCAAGGACCAAUGCAAGGCUUGUCUCCUCAGGCUAUCAGGUCACAAUCGCUAACUCAAGGCGGUGGUCCUUUCCCACAGCCACAGCGCUUUGGCCCUAACCACGGCCCUAACCAGCAUAUGCAAAUGCCCUAUGGCCCUCCUGGUGGUCAUCCAGGAGGUCAUCCAGCAGGUCCCCCUAACGGCAUGUAUGGACAAGGUCCACGUCCCAACGGCCAUGCCGCCAACGCUCGCUUCAAUGGCAUGUCCCCUCAUGCUGCGCAGUCCAAUGAAUCUUUUAUGAACGUCGUAAAGGAGGAAGAUGAAAAGGAAGAGACUGCAGAAACUCCACAAUCGCUAGAUCCUAAAGCAGCACAAGCACAAUCUGAUACCGUUGAUCUUAACGAGCUACCCGAAGACGACGAAGAAGAAGAUGAAGAAGAUAUCGUUUACAAGUUUGAAAACGACGCCACAAGCCCUCAAAUCUCCAGAAAGUCUACCGUUAAGAAAUCUAACUCAAUGAGAGUAAGGAAACUCGACCUAUUUAAUAAGAAAGACGCCCAGGAAUCACCAGAAACUGUCUUUGAGGAUCAAGAUUCCCUCACAUUCAAUAUGGAUAAUGCUCGUGACAGAACCUCCAAGAAGCUGAAUUUCGAAUUAGAAGACGCUGAAGUGUCUGACAUGAAUCGUCAAAGUGCCCAGAAGUUCCAGGCAUUGGGCUCUUCUGCCUCUGAGCCAGAUAUUUAUACGACAGCUUCGGAAUUUUCGCCUACGAAGAAUACUGGGAAGUCUGAAGCGUCGGAGGAGAAGGAUUCCGAGACUCACUCGCCAGACUUGGUAUCACCAUCUUCGAAUGUGGAAAGGGAGGCUGCUAAUGAUUCUGUUACUUCGAAUAACACACAAAAACGGAAGGUGAUUAAAAUGAAGAGUCUUGUCGCUAACACUGCCUUCAAUAACUUCCGCUCGCCUUCGAGCAACUCCCAAGCGACAUUCAGUCUGGAGUCGAAUUCUAAAGAGUCUUCUGACUUUGAUCAUCAUGAUAACAAGAAUUACCCAAAUUCUAGCAAAAUUUCUAUUUAUUCCCAUGAUUAUUCAAGAGCUGAACAGAAGGGCUUCACUCCUGAGGACGAAAAUGCCAGAGAUGUGCACUUGAACGAUGAGACGACUUAUGAACAAUCUUUGAAUGAUGAAAGACCGCAAUUGCCACCAAAGCAAUCUGUAUCUGGCGCACCUUCGUCCCCAACAAGAGUGGGUAGUGAAACACCUUACGAAUCUCAUUCCGCUAACGAUAGCUUCCGGGCUCCAUCAUCGGAGUAUGUUUCCUCGAAUGACACCAGAAGCGAAGAUGUGCUUGCUCGCGACACACCAACAGGUUUCUUAUCAAGGUCAGGUUCUGAUAUGAACAUGGAGAAAUACAAGUUGUCUGGUGCUAGUGAUGACCGCCGAGUGCCUUCUUCGGCCGAUCAAGACACGAAAGAAAGAAGGAAGUCGAGGAAUUCUUCCAUCUCAAGCAAGUCCAAGAACUUUAUCAAGAGAUUGUCUAGAAGUGGCUCAAAGUCCGUGGAGAAGGAAGCAGAUUCUGCUCUGAGGCAUAGAAGCGUCUCUUCAAUCUCUUCCAUGAAGGAUGUUGCACCAGUGAAGAAGCCACUCCAUUUCACGAAGGACGAGUUGGCGAUAAUGACUUGCAACAACGACUUACAGAAUGAAUUGCAAUUGGUGGCAAGCGAGCUUGCUGUUCUGAUUAAGCGAGAACUUGCACUUGAAUCUCAGUUACGGUCGAGGGGCGGAGAAGAAGAUCACGAUAGACAAUCUUUGAUAAACAGAGAUAUGGAGUACGAGUGUCGGGAGAAGUCCAGACAGAUUGCUCUUUUGCAAGAGAAAUUGAAUAAUGAGAGAAGACUUCGUUUCAUAAGCGAGGAACAUGCAAUUCUCGCGGAGCAUGGACAAACACCGAGCGCUUUGAAGUUGGAUUAUGAGAAGAAUGAGCUUUACAAACAGCUAUUGGCAAAGAAUGAUCUCGUGAAUCAAUUGCAGGAUAAGCUUGAAGAGUUUCAGACGACUAAGAAUGAAAGAGGGGACGAUAACUUAUUGGAGAAUUACAAUGAGCUCUUGAGGAAGAAUCACGAGCUUCAAUCUCAGCUCAGCAACCAAGUGAAGGCUGAACCACAUUCGGCGCAUUGGUUCUCGUCUGAGGAUCUCAAUGAUCGUCGUGAAUCCCUCUUGGAUAGAGAUUCGGAGAAAGCAGAAAUAAUGUCGUUGAGAACUCAAAGAGACGAGCUCCGCGAAAUGAUCACUAAGCUCACUUCAUCACAGAACGUUGAACUCAAAAUUGCACAUGACAAAAUCAAGACAUUAGAAUUCAAGCUUGAGAAAAUGAGUCUCAUUAAUGAUAAAUUGAGUCGCAGGGAAAAGAGCGGUCUGUCGCAGCCACAAGAAAGUGGCCCCAAGUUUUCUAGCGGACAGGGAGGGAAACUACAAGGAUUGUCGAUCGUUACACCGAAACACAAUCUUUUUGACGAAUAG